GCUUAAGGGUGGUGUGAUGCGGUCAAUCAUUUUCAACAUGGCUGCCAGAAAAACAUGACAACAACAACAUAGCGAAACAAAACGCCGAUUGCGGUGGUUUUCUUCUGUUCUGUGAUCAAAUAUCAUAAGAGUGACCGUUACCAUGGAGACAGAUGAUGUUGAGGAUGUUGUCAUGGAGACCAGGACAGGCCCAGUGACAGUGAUUGAGGUGAUGAGUGACUCAGAUGGAGACCAUGACCACGACCAUGACGUGUCCCCAGAGACAGAGACUUCAGGUGUGCAGCUGAGUGAUGAUCCAGACUCAGGACCCCAACAGCCAAACCCUAAUAAUAACAACAGACCUGUCAGGACAUCUGCAGAGGAUGAAGGGAUCGCCAUGGAAACCAGGGAAGGUCCAGUAACGAUCCAGGUGGAGGAUGGGGAGGGUAACGAGGAGGAAACUUCGUUUAUGGUUCCCGCUAACGAGGACAGAAGACAAGAUUCCAGAAGUCCUGACCUCCGACCCACGGAAGAGGACCAAUCAGAGCAUCUGUUCACCCCCAUCCCCCUCCUCAGUACCUCCCCCCUCCCCGGCUCUGGUCGUUCCACCCCCCUGGGGAACAUACCCCUCGAGGGGCCAGCUGAUGUAGAAAUACCGCUCACACCACGUAGGUUAGAGCCCCUCUCCCCCCCUGUGAACCUACCCCCCCUGACCCAUCUGACCCCCCUAGGACAAGAUGUCCGCCCCAGUACAGCAGCUAGUGUCAGCCUUGUCACCGUCUCAGGUGCUGUAGAAGAUGGUGCAGCUCCUUCUAGUGACGAACCUCCCUCGUAUGAUGACGUUCUCCCCUCUUAUGAGGCAGUCAUGGCGCAAGGAGAUGAACCGUUAGAAACAUGGAGGCUCAUGGGAGUCCGUCCAAAUCAGGUUGUCAUGGAAACAAGCUUUGGACCAACCAUAUCCACUGCUGUGUCAGCUCGCAGAACAGACCUUCCAGAAAACGCACCCGGACUAGAGCGCCAAGUCACUUUCGUAGAACCAACCGUGGAGCAGGCAUCGUCACGAGAACCCGACCAACCAGACGGCCCCAUGCCAAAGUUCCCGUGGCUGUCGCGCCGCGUGGACGGAGUGGGUCUGAGCGUACGGACCCUGCUCAUCAGUCUGUUUGUAGGACUGUGUGCUCUACUACUGGUGGGGCUUCUGCCUCCCAGCUUUGCCUAUGUGGACUACUACCAUUAUGGCUUGAAGAAACAGAAGUCGACUGGUGUGGUGAACACGAAAGUGGUGUACGGAACAGGUCGCUACGCGAUCGGGCCCGACUUCGAGUUCAAGUUGUUCCCGCGGGGGGCACACGUGGUGCGGCUCAACGACCUUGCCAUCUUCACAUCUGACCUUCUAGAGGUCAUCGUCAACUGCUCGUUCCAGCAUUUCCUCAGGAAAGACGAGGUCGGACUUCUCCAUGACAAGUUUGACCUUGACUACGAGCCCGUGCUGUACCAGGUCGCGUACAGCACCAUCAAGGAGACAGCGACCUUGUACAGCACAGAAAACUUCAUGAGCAGCCGACCGGAGAUAGAGGGCGCCUUUCUCCAGGCAUUGCGAGACAGACUGCAGGGUGAUUGCUGUACAGGAGAUAACACAACACAGCCUGCUUUCUGCCGCCCCCCUCCCGACUGUGACAUGGGCUACCACACAGACGUGCGCUACUUCCAACUUCUCUCCGUCACCCUCCCCGCUCUGAUAGUGGAACGGUCCAUGAGGGCACUGACGUUGCAGAUAGAUGCAGAGAAGGAACAGUUUAUUCAGGACGACCGAGUGACGAGGAAGGUAACCGAGGCCAUGAGGCAGAGCAUCCUGAACCAGGCGGAACAGAUCCGAGCAAACGGUACGGCACGCGCAGCUCUCGUCCUGUCACGAGCGUACGCACAGACCAACCAGACGACAGAGAUGUCUCACGUUAACGGACUUCAGCUGAUGUACAAUAAUCUGAAUAUCUCACAAGAGGAGGAGAAGGCCUCUCUGCACUGGAUACGGGCUUUGGAGAAGCAUCCACAGUUGUAUAGAGGGAUCAGUUAUCAGGACUAUGUUGGAAUUACACAUAGAACCCAACCGUAACAUACAUGUACAAUGUACAUACUUGUAAACUUGCAAUGGAUACGGGUUUUAGAGAAGCAUCCACGGCUCUGUCGAGGAAUCAGUUUUCAGGACUAUGUUAGAAUUACACAUAGAACCCAACCGUAACAUAGAUGUACAUGCACAGCUGAACUAGUACAUGGUAAACUUGUACAGGAUACCGGC